UUAAUUUGCGCGCGUGCGCGUUGGCUGUCAGAAAGUGCAGCAUAACCGGGAUCUGUCACCGAAAGUGUGUAAAAAAAUUGAGUUUGUAGUUGUUUUUGGUGGUUACAUCCAGUGAUAGGUUAAAAUAAUGGCGAAGCCCGAACAGGUCCUACACAUCGAACCCCAGAGCGAGCUGCGAUUUCGAGGACCCUUCACCGCUCCAGUGACCUCUUACAUGAAACUAACGAAUCCAUCAGACAAAAAGGUUCUUUUCAAAAUCAAAACGACAGCGCCAAAAAAGUACUGCGUACGCCCCAACUCGGGUGUCCUAGAGCCCAACACUUCAAUAGAGAUAGCAAUAAGUCUCCAGCCGUUCCUGUUUGACCCAGCGGAAAAGAACAAACACAAAUUUAUGGUGCAGACGUUAUUCGCGCCAGACGGUGACGUGAAUCUCGAACAGUUAUGGAAAGAAAUCGGCCCCGAACAGCUGAUGGACUCCAAGUUGAAAUGUGUUUUUGAAAUGCCAGUCGAACAGAACGAAAGUCAAGAGGAAGCCACUAAAGCUAGUCCUAAAGCUGCGGUUGCGGCGGUACCCAAUAACGCCAUAGAUCCGGAAUUGCAGAAAGCGGCCGAAGAGGUUCAACAACUUAGGGAAGAAGAAAGUUCGUUGAGGCAGGAGAAUCUCCGACUUAAGGAGGAAAUUCUUCAAUUAAAGCUGGCAGCAGGAGCGCGAGUGACCCAGACCAACCGAUACGCACCUCCAGCGCAACAGCAGAACAUCCCAGUAAUAUACAUGGCUGUGGCUGUAAUUUUGGGCUUCUUAGGCAUCGUAUUGGGCAAGUUUGUCCUCUGAGACCCUCCUUAGAGACUUAGCGUGGUGUUACUCAGUUUACCAUGCCCAAACUCCAAUAUAUUGUAUAUUUAUUACAGUUACUUCAUUAUUAUCUACUGUAAAAUAAAAUUUCUUGUGCAUACUUAACGGGUGUGCUGUUUUGGUUGCAUCUUUAGACCAAUCGGUUCAUUGCCAAUCUUAACAUUGUCAAAAAACAGUUUAGUAUUAGAUGGAGGAGGGUGGUGUGUUGAGGUUGGAGGGAAUACUCGGUUGGUCGUUUUUUUACAGAGUGUUUAUUAAAAACGUAGCUAAACGAAUUUAAAUGUCGGAAACUGUUUUAUUUGGAAUAUAGAUGUUUGAUUUUUUUUCAUCUCAGCAGUCGCAAAUUAGAACUAUAUAUACAAUAUAUGGCAAGUUUACUUACUAGCCAUCUUUUGGACGUUUCAUGCCUUAAGUUUUCAUUUCGUAUACAGUGACAGUUCAAACGAACUUGUUGCUAAAUUUGGAUACAUUUUAAGGUGAAUGUUGUUUUCAUACACGCACUGACUGUACAUAACUUUGAACUUUCUCUGUAUACUCAAUGUGUCAAGCAACCUUCCUGCACUGUUGUUUUAAAUAAAAGUCACAAUUGUGUUAGAUCUAUUUAUUUUGUUUUUAAUUUAAUGUUUUAAUAUUGGGGAAAGUUGCUUGACUCUUGCAUUUUUUAAUUUUUCUUAGUAUUUGUGGUAAUAGUUGAGUCAUUUUGUAAUUGUUAGUUAGAAUCGAGCACUUGCCAAGGUCCAUUGAGAGAGUUCACUUUAGAAUCACGUAAUUCUUGCAUUUGGGUUUCAAACAUCCUACUUUAGACUAGGUCCACUUCAUAUUAAUGUGGUGCUGUCGUAUUUACAUUUUUUUUAUUCAUCCUUGGACUUGAUAUUACAUUAAUUUGACAUGAAAGAGAUUUUUACAUGUGUCUGUGAGUUUUGUUAACUUAUAGAUUUAGGGCAAAUAAACAUCUAAAAUUAAUAGUAGUAAGAACUUGGCUUGGUGCGAUUGUUCAUAUGUAUUAUAUUUUAACACGUUGUACUAUUUUAUGCUAGCCUGGUAAGUGUAAGUAACUUCAGUGAAUAAACUAUACUUCAUUACUUACUCAUACACUUUUUGUAAGCCGUUAUCUUUCCAUACAAGUAAAUGCAUAUAUUAAUUGAACCGAUGUAAAACAUAGCAAAUUAUAACUGACAUGUUGCAUUCA